GCCCGCGGCCGUGACUCCACCGUCGUCGUCGCCGCCGCGCGCGCCGUUCGGUGCCCGCUGGAGGUGGGCAAAAGAGUGAGAGAGUGCGGGGGAGGAGCCGAGCCGGGCGCGUCCCGGGAGCGCCGCCACCGCCCCCAGGAGUCCGCUGGAGCGCGGAGCCCCCUGCAGGGGAGGAGGCGAGCGGCCGGCGGGACGCGGCGGCGGGCGAGCACCAUGCAGUCCCGGCGGGGCCAGCUCCAGCUGCUCGCGGUGCAGUGAGGCGGCGGGAUCCCCAGGCUGCCGCACACCGCCUUCCUCUCGCCCAGGUGCUGCCAGGCGCGCUCGCCCUUCGUCCGGCUCCCGGACCCCGGUAGAACGCACGGUCGGCUCCUGCUCUGCCCCGCUCGGAUCAUGCGGGGGGCCCCGGAGGAGGAGAGGGCGAGUGACCGGCCUGCGGCGACCGCGUUCAGGGUGCGACCCCCUCUCUGAGAAGCCCCCACCUGCUGCCAUGUGCCUCGCCUCGGGUACCCAGCCUAUCGCCAAACUUUCCGGGUGCCAGCCCGUCUCUGAGUCGCAUUUCUGAGAGACUGCCCCAGGAACAGGAGACCCAGGCUGGCUGACGACUAUCUGCUUUUCAGGAUCCGCGAAGCUUCUUUUUUAAAGAGUACUUCUCCUGGAAUCGGAGCCCUAACCGUUCCUCCCCAGCCCUAUCUGGCGAAGAGCAGAGCGCUGCCUGCGGAGGCAGCGCCUUCCCGAAACAGUUUAUCUUUGGACGGAUUUAAGAGAAAAAGAAACCAACAGGUUGCCAGCCCCGGCGCCACACACGAGUCGGCGGAAAGGCCAGCCCGGUUUCCCCCGGCUGCGUGGGCCCCGCGCGGGCUGCGGCGGGCGCGGCGAGGGGAGGGAGGGGGCUAUGGCUCGGCCUGACCCGUCCGCACCGCCCUCCCUGCUGCUGCUGCUCCUGGCGCAGCUGGCGGGCCGGGCGGCGGCUGCCUCCAAGGCCCCAGUGUGCCAGGAAAUCACAGUGCCCAUGUGCCGCGGCAUCGGCUACAACCUGACGCACAUGCCCAACCAGUUCAACCACGACACGCAGGACGAGGCGGGCCUGGAGGUGCAUCAGUUCUGGCCGCUGGUGGAGAUCCACUGCUCGCCGGACCUGCGCUUCUUCCUGUGCUCCAUGUACACGCCCAUCUGCCUGCCCGACUACCACAAGCCGCUGCCGCCCUGCCGCUCCGUGUGCGAGCGCGCCAAGGCCGGCUGCUCGCCGCUCAUGCGCCAGUACGGCUUCGCCUGGCCGGAGCGCAUGAGCUGCGACCGCCUCCCGGUGCUGGGCCGAGACGCCGAGGUCCUGUGCAUGGAUUACAACCGCAGCGAGGCCACCACGGCGCCCCCCAGGCCCUUCCCGGCCAAACCCACCCUCCCGGGCCCAGCGGGCGCACCGGCCUCAGGGGGCGAGUGCGCCGCCGGGGGCCCGUCGGUGUGCAAGUGCCGCGAGCCCUUCGUCCCCAUCUUGAAGGAGUCUCACCCGCUCUACAACAAGGUGCGCACGGGCCAGGUGCCCAACUGCGCCGUGCCCUGCUACCAGCCCUCCUUCAGCCCCGACGAGCGCACGUUCGCCACCUUCUGGAUUGGGCUGUGGUCUGUGCUGUGCUUCAUCUCCACCUCCACCACGGUAGCCACCUUCCUAAUAGACAUGGAACGCUUCCGCUACCCUGAGCGUCCCAUCAUCUUCCUGUCUGCCUGCUACUUGUGCGUGUCGCUGGGCUUCCUGGUGCGCCUGGUGGUGGGCCACGCCAGCGUCGCCUGCAGCCGCGAGCACAGCCACAUUCACUACGAGACGACGGGCCCUGCGCUGUGCACUGUCGUCUUCCUGCUGGUCUACUUCUUUGGGAUGGCCAGCUCCAUCUGGUGGGUCAUCCUGUCGCUCACCUGGUUCUUGGCAGCUGGCAUGAAGUGGGGCAACGAGGCCAUCGCGGGCUAUGCACAGUACUUCCACCUGGCCGCGUGGCUCAUCCCCAGCGUCAAGUCCAUCACGGCGCUGGCACUGAGCUCCGUGGAUGGGGACCCGGUGGCCGGCAUCUGCUACGUGGGCAACCAGAACCUGAACUCGCUGCGCGGCUUCGUGCUGGGCCCGCUGGUUCUCUACCUGCUGGUGGGCACCCUCUUCCUCCUGGCGGGGUUCGUGUCGCUCUUCCGCAUCCGAAGCGUCAUCAAGCAGGGCGGCACCAAGACGGACAAGCUGGAGAAGCUCAUGAUCCGCAUCGGUAUCUUCACUCUCCUGUACACCGUGCCCGCCAGCAUCGUGGUGGCCUGCUACCUGUACGAGCAGCACUAUCGCGAGAGCUGGGAGGCCGCGCUCACCUGCGCGUGCCCGGGCCCCGACGCCGGCCAGCCGCGCGCCAAGCCCGAGUACUGGGUGCUCAUGCUCAAGUACUUCAUGUGCCUCGUGGUGGGCAUCACGUCGGGCGUCUGGAUUUGGUCCGGCAAGACUGUGGAGUCGUGGCGGCGCUUCACCAGCCGAUGCUGCUGCCGCCCGCGGCGGGGCCACAAGAGCGGCGGCGCCACGGCCGCGGGGGACUAUGAGGCGAGCGCCUCGCUCACGGGCAGGACCGGGCCGCCGGGCCCCCCCGCCGCCGCCGCCGCCGCCGCCGCCGCCGCCGCCGCCUACCACAAGCAGGUGUCCCUGUCGCACGUGUAGGACGCCGAGGCCCAGAGGGGCCGGGAGUGGAGGGAGGGGGGUUGUUUUGUUUGGUAGUUUUGCCAAGUUCACUUCCGUUUACCUUCAUGGUGCUGAUGCCCCCUCCUGGGGCAACUUGGAGAGAGGGGAAAGGGGCCCUUUCAAAGGCCGUACAGGUCCCAGGACUUCUCGAAGGGGCUCAGCCCACGUGUAUUCUAUUUUGUGUUUCUUACUACCUUUUGUUUUUGUUUUUGUUUUAGGGGAACCCUGUUGUUAAUUUAUAUGUAGUUUUCUUAAUUUUUAACUUUGUUGCAUUUUGGCAACAAAAUUACCUUUGCUUUGGGGGCUUUACAAUCCUAAGGUUGGCAUUAUAAUGAAGUUCCGCUUGGUUCAGGUUUCUUUGAACUGUGUGGUCUAAAUUGGGAAAAUAUAUUUCCUAUACUUGUGUCUUUAAAACAAAUGUGAACAGUGAAAGUUUAGGUUGCUAUGAAUGACUGGGAGGUUGUCAGGUGUGAUUUUUCAGCUUGUUUUCUUUCACUGCUUAAAGUGUCCCAGACGCUUUAAGGCUGAGCUGCUGGUCUCUGUUUAUAGUCCCUAAGUUAGAGGAAACCCCAAUUCAUGUCGAGGAGCGGGAGCAUAAUGGGGCUAGGGCCUCCCCAAAGUGACAAGGUUAGAGAGGAGAGCGUUUAACGAUUUUGUGUGCCAUACUAGUUUUGUUUAUUUAUCGACCUUCGGUUUCUUUUCUGGAGUUCUGGUAAUCGUUCUUAUUCCUAACAGCACCCAGCAUGGUCUUGAAUAAGUUAGAGGUAGCAUUAUAGAGUGCCGGUAUAAAUAUUUGGAAAAGUGAAAAUCUCGAGGAUGGGGAUUGGUUGAGCUUGAAUUCUAGACUGGUAAAAUGGCAGCUUUGUGCCAGAGAAGGAGUGGGUGGUUAACAGGCUUCAGUGAUUCCAUUUUUUUUUUUUUUUUAAGAACUCGUGUUCUGAUUUUGGUAAAGGUAAACCCACUCCCUUCUUCUGGAAGUACUUAGAGAUGGUUGUUAAAGGAGCUGCUUUUUAGAUUUAAGGACUAAAAUGGAUAUACCUCCAGUAAUUAAGUAAAUUUCUAACACUUAUCUGCUCCACCCCAUCCCACCUUUAUCAUGUUAAACAGUCUUUUUGCUUUUCUUAGUCCUCCUCUCCUGGAGAGCUGUGAUUAAGAAACCCCACCCACCCUUGAAUGGGGUGCUUGAGCUGGGGGCAGGGAGGCUGGCUACCUGUGAACAAACAUUGGCAGCAAUGAGGGAAAAUAAGUGUCCCUGGACUUUGGACUCGUUUAUUAGGCAGAUAUUCCAAAAGCAGCCAAACAUUGCUCUCUGCAGUCUCCCCAUACAAAUGACACCCAUAAUGCACGUGCAGAAGCUUUUAAAAUAUGGCUCAGGGGACUGCUGCAGGAGGAAAGCUGUCCUCUCUCCCCCACCUCAAUAUGUUUUUCUUUUUGCCGAGCACACACUUGCAUGCACCCACAUGCACGUACACAUGCACUUUGCUAUUAGAGAAUUCUGUUUGCUUUCCGACAUGCUUAACCAUUCAUUAAUAUAUGAAAGCCUAUAUAUGAACACACACACACACACACACACACACACACACACAGGUUUCUUUACUAUUUAAGAAUUCUGUUUGCUUUUCUAAUCUGUUUAACUGUUCCUUCAUGAAGAGUGUGAGGCCAUGAGUUGGAGAAGGAGGUGACAGUGCAAUGACCAGCAAAAUACCAAUGACCAGGGUUGAGUGGGGACCGAAUUUAGGAAGCUCAAGUGACAAAAACAAUGAAAAUUUUAGAAUGACUCCCUAGGAAAAUGACGAGUCUAGGCAUUUGUGCUUUAUUUAUACCAAAGUUGGGAAUGGAAGAUUUAAACCCAGGCCAGUUUUCACUUCAUGGAUAUUAAGGAAACAAAUGCACCGUUCCCAUAGCGAACUUAAACACUUUGCUUCAGGGAGAAGCCUGGUAUUGUAGUUUUGGGGACUCUCAAAAGCUGCUCGCUUUUAUAAAAACUCACUGCUCUUACACACUCAUACUCUGAAUCGAAGUCAAAAUUUCAGCGGAUUCGACAAAACCUAGUACAUAGAGCUACAGAACUUUUUGCACAUCUUCUAGUCCUUACUCAGAAGCUGCUUCUUAGGACCUUCGAACAGAUCCCCUGUCUGAGGGCCAAUUCUUGUGUUUUUCAAAUGAGGACCUUUCCCGAUCACCUUGACCUCUUCCCUCUUUUAGUAUGUCUUCCCAGAAAGUACACAGAUGGUCAUGCCGCCUCCGGUCAUUGUGCUUAAUUUGGGUUGACCCCUUGACUUUUUUUCUUUGUGGAGGAAUCUAGAAAAUGAUGCACAGUGCAUCUAAAAGGUGUGGGAUGAAAUGGAUGAAAGUGGGUUAAUUCUUCAUUUUAAAAAAAAAAAAAUAGUGUUUCAUUUGGGCAACAUGCCAAGCCUCACAAAAACAACCAAUUUACUGUGAAGGAAAAAAAAGAAAAGCAGUUGAAAAAGGACAGUGAGCCAAGGAGGGGCAAUAUAAGCAAUGCCUUUUGGGGUCUAGUUGCACACCACUUUUCAGAGAUGCCCCUUUGUUUUCAGUCUGUGUUCUUGCCCCCGCUCUUCCUCUCCCAUCCCUCAACGAUAAAGCCUACCUGCUUCCCUAGAGUCUUCCUAAUGUCAACUACCCCAUCCCCCACCCAGGGGAGAGAAGCCAGAUCUAUUUAUGGCCACCCUCUCUUUCCAUCCCACAUGCUAUUUCCCCCUGAUUUGCAUUUUUAUUAUGCAGACAGUUCAUACUCAUGAAAACAAUUAUAAAAUAAAAGGUUGUGGGCGGUGGGGUCUAGCAACUUCUUCACAGAUAGCUUUGUGGAGUUGGAAAGGAUUUAUGGCUCAGUUUAAUGGCACGUGUACAGCUUCCAGGUUGUCCCUUUCACAGGUCAGUUUUAAGCAUUGUCUUGCUCCAUGAGUUGGGGGUGAAGAUUUAGAAAGUUGUCUAAAGGAACUAAUGUGACCCGUCCGCGGAUCCGUUGGCCAGACUUUUAGGAAGUCUCUUUAAUUUAUAUGAUUUCCCUCCUUACAUUUUGAUGUUGUCUAAAUUGGCUGAGAAUAAUUUUUCUUGGUGCCUUAUUGGUUUAUCUUUGCAAACCUUUGUCAUCUUUUCACAUGACCGUUUCCAAUGACGGGCCUGUGUGUGUGUGUGUGUGUGUGUGUGUGUGUGUGUGUAAUUGUGUGCAUGGACAGGCUUAAAUAAUGUGCCGACAGCACUGUUUCCAAGUUGGUAUUCAUUAGGCUGUUUCCUCCUGGGCCAGGGCUGCACUAAUCCUGACACUGGCUGCCAGGAGAAAACCUCAUGGAUCCCACACCGAACCUUAAUAACAGCAUCCGUGACCUGCACUCUCAAGUACAGAAUGGAAACCCCAGAGCUAGGAAACGUAGUCGUAUAUUUUAAUGAACUGCUACCCCUGCUAAAGGGGCUUCUUUCACUUUUGUGCUCUACAGAAAGACCAAGGGGGGUAGGAGAGACAAAGCUUUGAAUAACUGCUUUCUAACACCAAAUGUGGCAAACAGGACAGAGAACGUCACACAUCUAGGCAGGUGUGAGGUCCAGUGGCUGAGAAUUGCCUGCUCCCUCUGCGUGCCCUUUCUUCCCUCCAAAGUCCAAGCAAGUGAUCCCAGGGGGGGAAAUAUGCCUGGAGGGGGGAGGGUGGUUCUGAGGGGAAGAAAAAAAAAAAAGCUACCAAGACAUUAAAGCAGGGCAAAGGGUGGGCAGGAUGUGAGGAACUAAGUAACCUGACUCAACUCUCAAAAGCUUCUAGCAGCUCACUGACAAUUGCAGGAUUCAUUUCAGCCAGGACACUGUCUGGGACACCAUUGUGAGACAAUAUGACUUCGUGUUGUUACAAACUGUAUGUAUAGUAUGUAUGUGUUGUGGGUGUGUAUAUACAUAUAAUAUAUAUUAUAUAUAUGAGAGAUUUAGUGACUUUGAUACGGGUUUGGUGCAGGUGAACUUAUUACUGAGCCACAUGAGGCACAUACCGAGUCAGUAGGUGGCGUCCAGGGCAUUCAGUACGUUUUUUUUUAAUUUUUCACCCGUGUAUAGUGCCUAUCACUGCAGCAUCCUCGCCGUCGCGUCCGACCCAGAAUUCCCCAAUCAGAGCCAGCGAUAUUUUAUUUGUAGACAAUCAACUUGAAUCUAUAAAUUAUUAUUGGCAGAGGAUUAUAAUUUUGACUCCGUAACAUUAACAAAAGGAAACCCAGACAUUCUCAAUAGGUAGUUUUUGGUUUGGUUUUGUUCCUGGAAGUCCGUAGAGCAGCAGUUGUAUGUGGUUAUGUUAGUCUCAAGAUGCUUAAUUUGCUGACCUUAUUAUUUCAGAAAAGAUUUUGUAUGUAUUAUAUUUGUGGGGAGGUAAAAUAAUGGUUUGAGAUUUUUAUCAAAUAUGGAGAGUAGUUAUUUAUGAAAAACAAAGAAAUGUCUAUUUUUGUUUCUUUGUUCCCAAUUAAUGUAGAUAAAUUUUAAAGUGCAUUAAAACAAUGGUAAAGAAAAUAAAAAAGAUGCUGUACAAGUCUUUUUCUCCUCAUGCUUUUAUGAAGACACACACUGCUUUCUAAGAGUGCUUGAGGAGAUACGUGGAUUCUAACUUCAUAAUCAGAUUUCUCAGAUGUACUUAAAGAGGCAAUGCUUUUAUUAGUAUGAAAAUCAAGCCAAUUCCAGUCACCAGCAGCAAAACUAAUGAAAACAUGUUUUACUUGAAUGUACUUAGGUUUCUCCUGCAGAUCCUGUGAUUGUUUCAUGAAUCCCUUGAAGAAAUGAAGGGAAAUACACAUAAGACCAGCGA